AUGCCCAUCCUCCCCAUGUACAGCCUGAGAUCCAACGGCAAGCGGGCGCCGGAAUACUCCAUCGAUGCACCGCCUUCCUAUCACGAGGUAUCCGGCUCGGAACUGUACCCUUUGGAGAGGAUCACUACGUAUGUCGUCCAGCCAAGAUGGCCGAUCAAGGCGAAGAGGCAGGUGGCGGUCUGCCCGAUAGGCUCAAGCAGAGAGGAAGCCAUUGCCAUCGUACACAGCGCGUUCCCCUUGCUCGCCGCAUACCCAGCCCAGCGCAUUGAGAUUCUCGCCCUGGUCUCAGUCCCAACGAGGCGGAACUUGAUUGGCCUUGGUCAACAAUGGCUCGCUCACGAGAGAUGGGUUAUCGUUCGGGACGAAGCUUGGUCUGCGCUCCGGUCUUCGCCUCCGAUCCGCCUCAGGGUGCAGAUCAAGGACGGUCCAGGGGAUGAGGCGGCCAGGAAGAAGAGAUAUCGGCUUCACAUGAUCAUUGCGGUUUGCUUCAUAUUGGCGUUCGUCGCAGGCGUCUCGGCCAUCGUAUACUUGUGUAGAAGGACGGAGUUGGCGAUGGACCGGAAGGGCGACGGAGGCGUCGGUAAGAGCGCAGUGACCUAUACCUUAGAGCCCAGGUGGCCCAUCAAGGGGGUCAGGCAGGAUGUGCUCGGUGUUCUAGGCGCUACGAAGGAGGAGACCAUCGCUAUCGUCCAAGAGAUCUUUCCUCAUCUCUCUGCCUGCCCUCCCCACCGCGUCGAGUUCCUCUCCCGCGUCUCGUCCUCCGGCAGCGCCAAGGUCACCAACGACAGAUGGGCGUCUAUCAUGGACGAAGCGUGGGCGAGCUUCGGCAAGACCCCGCCUAGUCAUCUCAAGGUCCAGAUCCAGGAUGGUCCCGGUGAGGAGGCUGCCAGAAACCGUCGUCAGAAGAUACAAGUCGCAGCCGGCAUCGGCGGAGCCAUCACCCUCUUCCUCGCUCCGCCAUUCACCGUCUGGCUCUGCGGUGGGAUGGACACUCUCGGUCCUCCGCCUGGCUGGACGCCACCAGGAGGCCACUAG